AUUUUGGCCAACAACAUUUCCCAAACUCCAAAGAAGAACCGUCCAGAGCAGCAUCGAAGAACAGAAGAGAAGGAUCGUGCGUGAGUGAAGAGACAUUCUUCUGUCCACAUAGCUCCAGGAAACAUGAGUGUGUGCCUUGUGGUGAUCGAUGGAUGGGGGAUCUCGGACAAUGUCGAAGGCAAUGCUAUUGCUAAUGCCAGUACUCCGGUAAUGGACGCUCUGUCGCAGGGCACCUACACCACACUGGAUGCAUCCGGCCUGGCAGUCGGUCUCCCUGAUGGCCUAAUGGGCAACAGCGAAGUGGGACAUAUGACCAUUGGCUGCGGCCGUGCCAUCUAUCAGGACAUUGUGCGCAUCAACAUAUCGCUGAGUGAGAACACGCUCAAGGACAACGCCAACCUCCUGCAGGCAUUUGAGCGCUGCAAGAGUGGCAACGGUCGUCUCCACUUUGUUGGCUUGGUGAGUGAUGGUGGCGUUCACAGUCAUAUCAACCAUCUGCUGGCAUUACUCGAGUGUGCCAAGCUGCACCAAGUUCCCAACACGUUUGUGCAGUUCUUCUCUGAUGGCCGUGACACGCGUCCCACCAGCGGAGUGACAUACCUUCAGCAGCUCUUGGAUCAUAUUGAACGCAACGGCUAUGGUGAACUUGCAUCAGUCACUGGUCGCUACUAUGCCAUGGACCGUGACAAGCGCUUUGAGAGAAUCAAGAUAGCGUAUGAAGGCUUGGUGAACGGCGACGGCCAUGUUGUGGAUAGUGCUGCUGAUAUCAUUCCGGAAGUGCAAGCACGCUAUGCCGCUGAAGGAGACAAGAGGCAAACUGAUGAGUUCAUCACACCCAUUCUCGUGAAGGGCCAGGGCCGCAUUCAAGAUGGAGACACCCUGGUUUUCAUUGACUACCGUGCUGACCGUAUGCGUGAGAUCGUGGAAGCGCUUGGAGACAAGCCACAGUUUGAAACAUCCCGUGCACCCCAGAACCUUCAAGUAACAACAAUGACACAGUACAAAGAAGGAUGGACGUACAAGACACUUUUCCCACCGCAGCAGCCAAUCAACACGCUUGCCGAGUGGCUGGGCAAGAAAAGCAGACAGCAGUUCCACUGUGCAGAGACGGAGAAGUACGCUCACGUGACAUUUUUCUUCAAUGGCGGCCGUGAAGCUGCUUUUGAAGGUGAAGAGCGCUGCAUGGUUCCUUCGCCUAAGGUGGCAACGUAUGACCUGCAGCCGGAAAUGAAUGCAGCUGGUGUUGCGGAAAAGGUUGCCGAAGCGGUCCGCAGCGGGCGCUAUCCACUGACCAUGUGUAACUUUGCACCACCUGACAUGGUGGGACACACUGGAAAGUACGAGCCAACCAUUGUUGCAUGCGAGGCAACAGACAGAGGCAUAGGCCUUAUCCUUCAGGCAUGCCAGGAAAGCAACUGCACACUAAUGGUCACCGCUGACCAUGGCAACGCAGAGAAAAUGUUCAGCGAGCAAGGUGGACCCCAUACCGCACACACAACGUACCGAGUUCCGCUGUGCAUCAGCGGCCCCAAGCAACUGCGUGAACUCAAGCACAACGCAUCGCUGCAGGAUGUUGCGCCCACUGUUCUGCAGCUACUUGGCCUCGAGAUCCCACCCGAAAUGACCGGACAGCCUCUUUUAGACAUGUAAGAUGGUGUUGUUAUUUGCCUGGACUACUAACGCAGGCCUUCAAGAGAUUUUUUCUCUGUGAUGCUGUUUAUGAUUUCUGAAGUACAUGUAUAUUGUACCUGGCCUAACUCGGGUUCUGUUUGAUUAUAUUUCGGCUGGUCUACUUUCCUACCUCAGCUUAGCUAUUAUGCUCACCCUCAUUUGAAUUGUAGUGGGUUUGUAGUUCACCUUAUCGUCACCUUGUGACAAAGUAUUUUUAACAAUAUGGUUUCUACUUCACAGUCUAUGCAUUAUUUAUUAGGCCCUUAUGCAAUCUGAUAUUCAACGGUUUCAAAUCGUUCCUUUACUUCCAUGCUCUCUUUGCUGACGUUCUGCACUGGUUACACUCAUCGUGGCCAGUACAUAUUUGUAGUACAUGUACAAGCAUUGAUACUUGUAACCGGCAAAUGA